AUGGAAGAGCUGAAGGAGCUCAUCCAAGACCUUCCAAACAGCGCCCUCAUAAGACGAAUCAUCGAACAGAUUCAGAAUCUGGAGAAGAAUGUGGAAAACAAUGUCGAGAAAGCCCAAAACGAGAUCGUUGAAAAGAUGACCACAUUGAGCGCGGCGAUGGACGAGGCAGAGACUUUGGCUAAAACAACAAAGACUCAGGCCCGUUCAAGCGGCAAGGAAAUCCUACGAAAGAUUGGCGAAAUCUACAUGAGACUCGAGAGCUACACGGCGCUAACAACCGAGACUCGGGACGUGUGGGAGGACAAAUGGAGGCAAUUUAUUGACGACUUCAAGAACUGUCUCACUCCCUUCGCGACGAAACAAGAGCUGCAAGAUGCCAGGGACAAUCUUUCUUCGGCUUUGGGUGGCUUACCUCGAUUCGACGUCGCUCAGCUAUCUAGGAUAGAAAUGACCACCACUCAAUCCCACGAAACAGGUGUGCAGAUGUUGACAGACGGCACCAAGAUCUUGACUGAGCUUGUCAAGCAAGUCGGCAGUCUUGAAGAAACAGUUUUGCGAAUGGGACAGACUCUUGAACGACACACAGACGAGCUUUCCGAGGCCAAGGGAACCGAGUUGGCGAACAAUCGCUUAUUCCACGAAACUCGACUUCACGACAAGGAAGAAGAAAUCUCCCGCAUUCGAGACGAACACAAGACCAACCUGGAAGCCAUCAAGGAGCAAUACCAAGGUCAACUCGUCAAACAGAACCAAAUUGGACGCCAGCGAAAAGACUUCAACACUCAGCUCGAGUCAAAGGAAAGAGAAUUAUCAUUUCUGCAUGAAGAAUACCAAGGUCGACUGGAUGCCAAGGACGAAGAGCUAGACCGUCUCCAGAGGGAAGUUUCAUCAAGCCUCGAGUCCAACACAAGGGCUAUCCAACAGAUUCAACAGGAACACGACAUGACCCUCGAUAGUAAAGAUCGAGAGAUCGAGCUCUUGCGGAGCUCGCUCGGUGACCUACGUCAGAGUGUGAAAGUUAGAGAUGACCUGGUUUCUGCGCUGAAAGAGAGCAAAACGUCCUCCGACAACCAGCUGCAAGCGCUUCGGGACCUUCAAGCGCGAGAUGGAAAUACCCUCCGACAGAUGGGCGAGCUCCAAGUACAGGCAUAA